GUGUGGAUGUGUGGGGGUCGCAUGGAGGACAUCCCCUGCUCCAGAGUGGGACAUAUCUACAGGAAGUACGUUCCCUACAAGGUUCCAACAGGAGUCAGCCUGGCGAGAAACCUGAAGCGGGUGGCUGAGGUGUGGAUGGACGAAUACGCAGAGUACAUAUACCAGCGGAGACCGGAGUACCGGCAUCUUUCUGCAGGGGACGUCGCAGCUCAGAAGGAGCUUCGCAACAACCUCAACUGCAAAAGCUUCAAGUGGUUCAUGAACGAGGUCGCGUGGGACUUGCCCAAGUUUUACCCACCAGUGGAGCCUCCAGCAGCUGCCUGGGGAGAGAUACGCAACGUAGGAACGGGACUGUGUGUGGAUACUAAGCAUGGAGCCCUGGGAUCCCCACUGAGGCUGGAAAACUGUGUGAAGGACAGAGGAGAGGCAGCCUGGAACAACGUGCAGGUAUUCACCUUCAGCUGGAGAGAAGACAUCCGUCCCGGGGAUCCUCAGCAUACCAAGAAGUUUUGUUUCGAUGCCAUUUCCCACAGCAGCCCUGUAACGCUCUACGACUGUCACGGAAUGAAGGGGAACCAGCUCUGGAGAUACCGAAAAGACAAGACCCUCUACCACCCAGUAAGCAGCAGCUGUAUGGACUGCAGUGAGAGUGACCGGAAGAUCUUUAUGAGUAGCUGCAACCCCUCAUCUCCAACACAGCAGUGGAUUUUUGAACAUACAAACUCAACCGUCUUGGAAAAAUUCAACAGAAAUCUUGAUCUUUAA